ACAUCUUAAAAUUCCUGGAUGCGUGGCUAUUGAUGUCCGACCCUGUUUUAAGAAAUUCUACCCUAAAGCCGAAAAAAGUAGUCUCUCAUAUUACUUAAGGGAGUGUAAUCUUGACAACAAAGUAGAUUUACCUAUUCAUCGCAUGAACAAAUAUUAUGAAAGGGCAUUAAAAGAAACUAAUAUCACAACGGCUGAGCAUAUGCGUGAAGUGGCCAAAUACUGCAUUAUCAAUGCUCUUAGCUAUCAGCGGUUAAUGGUCAAGCGAAUGAAAGUGCGUAAUUUUUUAAGUGCCGGUGUGUGGCAGAAAGGAAUAUUAACCAGUACAAUUCCAUACUUUGCAUCAUUAUAUCCAAGCCUUAUCAUGACAUAUAAUCUCUCACCUGAUAAAAUUAUUUUAUCUCGAGAGCGUGCUGAAUCUCUAAAGAAAAGUGGUAAAAGGCUUCAUGAAAUCAAUUUCAAAUAUAAUGGUCGGGAUGUUCUCGCAUGGUCUAUAGAGCAUGAAAACCAAGCUGAAAUGAAAGGCCUUUAUCCAAAAGUAUUAGAGGAGUUGCUUAUUAAACGAAAUUCUCUAAAAAGACGUCUUGCUCCAUUAAAUGAUAGAAAAGAAGAAUUAGAAAAGGAAAUUAGUUUGGCAGAAGCAAGGGGCGAGAACGUUACAGAUGCUUUAAAAUCUGAAUACUCUUCAGUUUCCUUUAUUGACGCCUGUCUAGAUGCAAAAUCAUUCGCUUUAAAAGUGUAUAUGAAUACAUUUUACAGUGAAGCCGGAAAUAGCAGGUCUCCUUUCUUCUUACGAGCAUUAGCAGAUGGGGUAACAUCAGCUGGUCAUCGAAAUAUUAAGCUUAUUGCCGAUCUUGUCAGAAGUAAAGAAGAAUAUUGGUCUAAAAUGGUGAACAUCUUUAUAGAAGUAAUAGAAAGACUUCGUGAUAAAGUUAAUAACUUUCUCAGAAAUGAUAAUGAAUCAUCUUAUCUCAAAAUGGCGUAUGAGGAAGUCUUAUUUCUAGUAGUAUUUACUGGAAAGAAAAAAUACUACAGCAUCGCACAUAGAAGAGAACCUAACUUUAAUAAUAAGCUUUUCAUUCAAGGGGUUGAGAUUGUAAAGCGAGGACAGUCUAAAUACUUUCGUGAGAUAGGUAAGAAGGUCAUGGAUAAAUCUAUGAGACUGGAUAAUACUCGCAUCUUGCAUCGGAUUGUGGAAGAUGUGCUCAAAGAGACCAUAAAUGGUAUUUUACAGAUAAAUUUUAAUGAAGUGGUUAAAACUGCUGUAUGGAGGCCCAAUAAAAAUAACAAGAGUAUCCAGCAUUUCAUUUCACGAAUGCGAGAUAGACACACCCAUGAAGGAGCGAACGCUAAACGACGCAUAAAAAAGGGCCUAAUACCUGAGCCUUAUCUUUAUGAAAUUCCAGAACCAGGUGAGCGUUUUGAGUAUAUUGUAGUUGAAAAUGAUUCUUCACAGAAGGUGGGGGAUAAAAUGGAGUAUCCAGAGGUAGUGAGGCGAUUAGGUAAAAAGAUCGAUAUUAGCUAUUAUCUGAAAACCGUUGUCGGUCUUUGUGCACGAUUUAUUAACUAUGAUGAAAUAUUCCAGCCAUCAUCCGAAAUUGUGCUGGAGGCCUUAAAAAAGUUAAAAGAUGGUAAUAAAGUGG